GUUCCGGAGUGCUGUGGGGGGAGGGGAGGGGCCUCUACCUGCCCACACCUGCAGAGAGUUGAGACUGAAGACGCGACGAAGAAAAGUAGAAAACAGACGGAGAGGGAAAUGUUGCUGAGAGCGACACAGUCGGUCUGAAGCGCAAAGAGCCGAACCGGACCGAGCUGAUCCAGGUUCUGGAGGACCCGCCUGGACUCACGGGGACCUACCUGGAUCCACCUGGACUCACGGGGACCCGCCUAAGACUCUCUGCACAUUCCUCAACUUUUCUCUGAAGCAGGAAGUGAAGGAGCAGCAGACAUGGGCAGUAAGGAGCGCUACCAUUGGCUGGCGCAGAACGUGAAGGUGAGCGGAGUGGACGACAUGGUCCUUCUGUCCAAGAUCAAUGAGGACGCCAUCACGGACAACCUGAAGAAGAGAUACAUGGACGACUACAUCUUUACCUACAUUGGUCCGGUCCUGAUUUCAGUGAAUCCCUUCAAACAGCUCCCGUACUUCACUGAGAGAGAAGUGGAGAUUUACCAGGGAGCUGCCCAGUAUGAGAACCCCCCCCACAUCUACGCUCUGGCCGACAACAUGUACAGGAACAUGAUGAUUGACAACGAGAACCAGUGUGUCAUCAUCAGUGGAGAGAGCGGAGCAGGAAAAACCGUUGCUGCUAAAUACAUCAUGAGCUACGUGUCCAAGGUCUCUGGAGGAGGAGACAAAGUCCAGCAUGUCAAGGACAUCAUCCUCCAGUCCAACCCCCUGCUGGAGGCCUUCGGCAACGCCAAGACCGUACGCAACAACAACUCCAGCAGAUUUGGUAAAUACUUUGAGAUCCAGUUCAGUAGAGGAGGAGCUCCUGAUGGAGGAAAGAUCUCCAACUUCCUCCUAGAGAAAAGUCGAGUGGUUUCACAGAACUCCGGAGAGAGGAACUUCCACAUCUACUACCAGCUGCUGGGGGGGGCCAGUGGGGAGCAGAGGGAGAACCUCGGGGUCACGACCCCCGACUACUACAACUACCUCAACCAGUCUGGGACGUACACGGUGGAGGACAUGGACGACAACAAGGACUUCUCUGAGACCAUGGAGGCCAUGUCCGUGGUGGGUCUGUCCCCUGAGGACCAGGACUCGGUUCUUCAGCUCGUUGCAGGAAUUCUUCACCUGGGAAACGUCAACUUCAGAGAAGAGAACAACUACGCAACCGUGGAGAGUUCAGACUUCCUGGCCUUCCCGUCCUUCCUGCUGGGCGUGUCCCAGGACGGUCUGUGCAGUAAGUUGACCAGCCGGGUGAUGGACAGUAAGUGGGGGGGGAAGACAGAGUCCAUCUCCGUCACCCUGAACACGGAGCAGGCGUCCUUCACCAGAGACGCUUUGUCCAAGGCUCUCUACACCCGUCUCUUUGACUUCCUGGUGGACCGCAUUAACAGGGCGAUGCAGAAGGAGCAGGAGGAGUUCAACAUCGGUGUCCUCGACAUCUACGGCUUCGAGAUCUUCCAGAAAAACGGAUUUGAACAGUUCUGUAUCAACUUUGUCAACGAGAAGCUGCAGCAGAUUUUCAUUGAACUCACUCUGAAAGCUGAACAGGACGAGUAUGUCCAGGAGGGGAUCAGGUGGACCCCCAUCGAGUACUUCAACAACAAGGUGGUCUGUGACCUCAUCGAGUCCAAACUGAAUCCUCCUGGGGUCAUGAGCAUCCUGGAUGACGUGUGCGCUACGAUGCACGCUAAAGGUGAGGGGGCGGACCAGACGCUACUGCAGAAGCUACAGGGACAGGUGGGAUCCCACGAACACUUCAGCAGCUGGAACCGAGGAUUCAUCAUCCACCACUACGCCGGCAAGGUGUCGUAUGAUGUCAACGGGUUCUGUGAGAGGAACCGAGACGUUCUGUUCAACGACAUCAUCGAGCUGAUGCAGAGCAGUGAGUUUCCGUUCAUCAGAGCGCUGUUUCCUGAGAAUCUGGAGGCGGAGAAGAGAGGACGUCCAUCCACCGCCAGCAGUAAGAUCAAGAAACAAGCCAACAGUCUGGUCCAGACCCUGAUGAAGUGCACCCCCCACUACAUCCGAUGCAUCAAACCCAACGAGACCAAGCGCCCCCGGGACUGGGAGGAAAACCGGGUCAGGCACCAGGUGGAGUACCUGGGCCUCCGAGAGAACAUCAGGGUCCGCCGAGCGGGAUACGCCUACAGAAGGGUCUUCAACAAGUUCCUGCAAAGGUACGCCAUCCUGACCAAGGACACCUGGCCUGAGUGGAGGGGCGAGCAGCGCCAGGGAGUCCUGCACCUCCUCAAUUCGGUCAACAUGGACCAGGAUCAGUUCCAGCUGGGGAAGGCCAAGGUCUUCAUCAAAGCUCCAGAGUCGCUCUUCCUCCUGGAGGAGAUGAGGGAGAGGAAGUAUAACGGUUUUGCUCGGGUCAUCCAGAAGGCGUGGCGUAAACACAUCGCCGUCCGCAAGUACGUGAAGAUGAGGGAGGAAGCUUCAGACGUCCUGCUGAACAAGAAGGAACGUCGCAGGAACAGCAUCAACAGGAACUUUGUGGGCGACUACAUUGGGACCGAGAACCGUCCUGAGAUCAGACAGUUCGUCGGCCGCCGUGAGAGGAUCGACUUUGCUGAUGUGGUCGUGAAAUAUGAUCGAAGGUUCAAGUCGGUGAAGAGGGACCUCAUCCUGACCCCAAAGUUCUUGUACCUGAUUGGUCGAGAGAAGGUGAAACAAGGUCCAGAUAAAGGUCAGAUCCAGGAGGUUCUCAAGAGGAAGAUCGAGAUCCAAAAGAUCCAGUCUGUCUCCAUGAGCACUCUGCAGGACGACUUCUUCAUCGUCCAUGAGGAAGAGUACGACAGUGUCCUCCAGAGCAUCUUCAAGACCGAGUUCCUGAGUUUGUUGGUGAAACGUUACCAAGAGAAAACUGAGAGGAAGCUUCCACUGAAGUUCAACAACCUUCUGGAGUUUAAGGUGAAGAAGGGCGGCUGGGGUCCGUUCAGUUCUGCAGGGUCCCGACAGAUCCAGUUCCAGGUGGGUCAAGGUGACGAGGUGGUUUUGAAGCCAAGUGGGAAGGUCCUGCAGGUCUCCAUUGGACCGGGUCUGCCCAAGAACUCCAGACCAACCAGGAAGGACCAACGGAAGAGCCGCUACAUGGGCAGCCAGGCUCCGCCCACCAGCCAGUACAACUCAGCUCCUCGUUCCAGAGGAGGUGGGUCUUCCAGAGGAGCCGGGGCUUCCAGAGGCUCCUUACUGAGGCAGCAGUCCAGCAUGGAGCAGCCCACCCUGCCCCGCCUCCACAACCAGCAUCGCUCUGACCGCCGCCCAGCCCAUCAGCACGACAUGGGCUUCAUGGACGUCCCUGAACAGGGCGCUGCAGGGCUGCAGCGGCGCCGGUCCAAGGAGGUGAAGCCUCUUCCUGGAGCGGGUCGACCCAAACCGAAGCCCCGAUCGCCACAGUGCAGAGCUCUGUACGCCUACGAUGCCCAGGACACCGACGAGCUGAGCUUCAAUGCUGAUGACGUCAUCGAGAUCCUGACUCAAGAUCCGUCUGGUUGGUGGUUUGGCCGAUUGCGGGGUAGAGAGGGGAUGUUCCCAGGAAACUACGUGGAGAAGAUCUAGUUCGAGUGGUCCUGGGUCAUCGGACACGAGUUCAUUCUUAAACUAACAUGUAUGUUAAUGUAUGUUUCAGCCUGAGUGGCAGCUGUCAGUCAACCUCAGCUGUCCCGCCUCCAGAGGUCAGAGGUCACGGUAUGCUCCUACCCAGCACUGGGUCCAGUCUGGUUCAGAGUCCCCAUGUGGUUCAGUCUCUGAUCAUCUCUGGAGGUUUUUCUGUUUUGAUAAUGAAACAGUGUUUUAAAACCCUACAGUGCCCCCUGCAGGCGCUAGGGUUCAUUACAACCACUGAGACGAGAUGAUCAGACUCCGAAUGUUCAGAAUAACUAACGCUGGAAACAAAAUAAAAAAUAAAACAUGAA